AAACGCGGCGGCCACCGUCUAGUUUCAGUUAGUUUGUGUGGAGCUGUGAGCGGUGUUGGAGUUCGGUACGAACUGGUAUCAUCCUGUCGUAACCACUAUGGGAGUAGCUUGGUUUUGCGUGCUUGUCGCCCUUUGUAGUAUACUGCAGCAAGGUUUAGCCAUCACAUGCUACCAAUGCAACAGUCACAACGACUCCCGAUGCUUAAUGGCCAAGUUACCCGACUCCCUGCGACUGCCCUGCGGACCCAAGGACACUAUGUGCAGGAAAAUCUCUCAAGUGGUGGAGUUCGAGAUGAACGGCAUGCCUCCAGACAGCCGCGUGAUUAGAGGUUGUGGGUGGGACGAAACUAGUUAUAAGGGUCGUUGCUACCAGCGCUCAGGGUUCGGCGGCAGGCAGGAGGUGUGUUCGUGCCUCGAAGACGGCUGCAACUCGGCCUCCGUACCACUCGGAGCCACCGCCCUGAUGCUCCUCACAUUUGCCAUAUUGCGAUUCUAACAUGCGAGACCAUAAAAACCACCAAACAAUAGAACACGAAUAAUUUCCAAAAAUCUACACAUCAAUGAUAUAGGUUAGGGUAGCAAAUAGCUGUACAAAACUGUGUUCAAAGAUUUAUAUGUUUAUAUUUGUUAAUACAUUGACUUGUAAAUAGAUGUUAGUUACGGACUUACUAGCAACCUCGUGGUAAUGUGUUCGCUUAACGAGUAGGUGUUAUGUUAUGUACAAUAUUCACUUCAGUUGUAAAUGCUUAUUGUUGUGUUUGUAUGAGAGUAUUUAUUAAAAAAUGUUUCUUGAUAA